ACAUUUUUUAAUCACGAUUGAAGCAGAUUGGCUUCGGUGCAUGGCCUGACAGUCGUGCUUAAGUUGGGGAUUUUGCAUUAAGAGUGAGCAAGCGCAACGAAUAUGGAUGCAGGAUUUGAGAGCCUGCUUCAAGCUGCUAACCAAUUGACAGCUGAAGUGGAUUCCAUGCAUGGUGAACUUCCUCGAGUGGAACGGAACCUAAAGCAGAUCUUGGAGGCAGGGAAAGAUUUGUGGGCGCAUUCGGUGCAGGAAGGGAACCAAGACGUUCAGGCAUCCAUCUUGUUGGGAGCAAAAGGAUAUGACCUUCCCAAAGUAGCAUCCAAGUUAGAGGUCCUGAAAUCUGCAAAAACCUAUGAAACCAUCACACCUGCCAAGGACCUCGAUGUUGAAGCAUUCUUGAAGAAUGAAAUAGAAAAUGCCAUCCUGGCCCCAAUUGAAGAGCUAAGGGAAUCAAUGUAUAAAAGACUUGAAAAUGAAGUUUGGGAUUCAAUAUACACUGAAUGGGAGGAGCAGAAGCAGCGACUCCUUGCUGGUGUGAGAGGUGCUAAAGGGGGCCUUGAUGUAUCUCUUCAGCCACUGCGAAUCCCCGACCUGAGAAAGUGGGUGACGGGCCAAAGCAGUGGCACUUUGGGGAGUGAAGAGUCUGCUUAUGCUAAGGAAGUCUGUGACUAUGUGGAUGAGAUUCUGGCUAAAAGCUUAAAUGUCAGCCUCUUGAAUCAUCUCAUAGCUGGUGCCAAGACACUGAAGAAUAAGGCAUUGGAGGAUGUUUGGAGCAUGGUCAGUUUCCUUACUGAAGGUCCCUUGGGUGAAGGUGCUGAUAGAGGUAAUCCCAAUUAUCAUCGCACCUUUGUGCUCCAGGCUCGAAAAUUCCUGGAAGAAAGGUACUGGUCCCAUAUCCAGUUUGUGGUGGAGAGAAACUUGACAGUGACAUCUUUGGGUGGAGUUCCCAGUCAUUAUUCUCUGUUACUCAACUACAUGAAGGUGGCCUCCUUGGAUGUGACUGAAGGGCUUGAGGACAUUAGAGUGGAAGGGGUGUAUGCCUGGCCAUUCAUCUACAUUUGCCUCAGGGCUGGCCAUAUCCCUGUUGCCAUUGAAGUUGCCAACACAGCUGGGCCAGCUCUAUCAGAGCUAAAAAAUCUGCUGAUGGAGCUCCAGUCUAGGAAUGAUCAUGAGAUUUCCCCCUCAUCAGAGACCAUGGCUCAACUGCAAUAUCGCCGCUCCAUCCGCACUUCCACAGAUCCAUACAAGAAGGCAGUAUGGUGUUCCUUGGGUGCAUGUGACCCCAGUGAUGACCAUCGAGAGGUGACUGGAUCCCGAAUGGAGGAUAUCUUGUGGAUCAAACUCUGCCAAGUCAGACCCAACCAACAAUUGACAUUUCCAGCCUUACAAGACUUUGUUUACUCCAAGUUUGGGGAGGAGUGUCAUCAAGAAGUGGAGUCAGCUCUGACCUGCUUUGCGGCAUUUUUCCUCACUGGUCAGUUUGAGGCUGGUCUAAACCAUGUGUUUCACUCGCCUGGGCUCUCGACUCAUGCUGUCCACAUUGCUCUUGCUCUACAUGAGAUCAAACUCCUUCGUUUACCAUCUGACAUUCAACUUCCCCUAUAGCCUGGAGACACAGGAAUGAAUCGGCGACUCAACCUUGCACGCAUGUUGCUUAUCUACACAAAGCAAUUUGAAUUGUCACACCCAUAUGAAGCCCUGCACUAUCUCUUCCUACUGAGAAACAUGAAGAACUCACGAAGAGAAAACCUGUUUGUCAACUGUGCCACUGAGCUCAUCAGUGAAGCCCAGGACUAUGAGACCCUCAUUGGAAAACUGAGGAGUGAUGGCACACGAACCCCAGCUGUCAUUGACAAAUUCAAGGAUUAUCUGGGUGGGAUCUUGGAGAUGGUUGCCCGGACUGCUGAAGACAAGGGCUUCCUUGAGGAUGCUGUCAACCUCUACUUUCUUGCUCAGAAGGAAGACCGUGCCCUUGAGAUUCUGGUGACACUGUUAAGUCAAGUGGUCCACAGGCAAGAUGAGGAGGGUGGACCGCGUGAACGACUGUUAGGUCAGGCAAGAGAGGCAGAGCACCGUAUUGCCACACAUGGCUCCAAUGCCUCUGCCUCAAAUGUGUCCACCUUAAGGCUUCUUCUCCGCCUUUUUGACUUCUAUGACCUCUUUCACAGCCAACAGCACACGCGUGCCCUCGACACACUGAAAGCCUUGAAGUUGGUUGCAUUGCAACGUUCAGAAGUGGAAGAAUUUCGGCACACCUUUCGUGGAAUGAGGCAGGAGGUUUGUGGGCUUGUCCCUGAUGUCCUUCUAACCACUAUGAACCUCCUCCAUGCUCAGUACCUUGAAGCCAAACCAAGCCAGGACAAGAUGCCCAUGAAGCAGGUGGAUCGCACUCGACUAGAGGAGCUGAAAAGGCAAGCUCAAGUGGUUCUGGAGUUCACAGGAAGUCUUCCAUUCCACACACCACCAGAGAUCAUUUCUCGAAUGAUGCAUAUCAAGGGGCUUAUGCUCUGAUCUCAACUAGCUGACAUCAAAUACCAAGGUAAUGAAAACAACCACCUCAGAUUGAACACAUAUCUCAGGAUUUAUCAGAUCUGCAUGAAAAAUAAACUCUUAAGCCUAACUCAUGUAUGGCAUAAACAUGGCAGAAAG